AUGGACGGACAAUUCCCUCUGCAGUGCGCCCUCUGUAGCAAGACCUUUAGCAAGGUGACUACCGGGGGACAGAGAACGGCAACCCUGAUUCGCUAUACGCUUCAAUCUUAUACGAAGAGGCUGCUGCACCAAAACGAUAUGCCACCGUUCAUCCAUCCUUAUUCCAUAUCUGCCAUUGAAGGUAGGGAGCCCCGCAUCAAUCCGCUCAAUACAUGCACUAGCCUUCUUCAUGUCCUUCAUUGUGGAGUUACAGGAAGUCCAGCUCUGUUUUGGAGGAAUGUGCAGUGCGAGUGUGAGCGUCUACGUAAUGAGGCUCUAUCUAUGAACAAAUGGGAACUACUAGCUGCUUUGCAAGCAUUAGCAAUAUACAUAAUCGAAAGACUAAAUACAGAUGGAGCAGGGUAUGAGGCUCUGGAUGGUCUAUUGAUUAGAACAGUAACCGUGGGACUGCAUCCCAACCUAGCCAUCAUGUAUGAUUUGGCUCAACAAUAUUCCACUAUCGAUAUUGACGUUGAUUUAAACGCCGAAAGACUGUGGUCCGACUGGAUUUUCAACGAGUCUACUCACAGAGUCAUAGAUAUGCUGGUGCACUUUGAGCCAGCAGCCAUGUGCCCCUUUUACAACACAAGCCUUGUCCUUGCGCCACUACCAGCCAGGAAACAACUUUGGAAGGCCGAUAAUGCCAGCAACUGGUAUAGGGAGAGGGAACUGGGAACUAGUUCGCAAACGUCAUUUGCAUUGUUUGCCAAUGGUGAGCUAGUCAGUAUGGCAGAAGUGCCGUCACGUGUUGGCGACUGGAAGAGAAAUACGGAGCUGUUGAAUCCGGAGCCCCGGCCAGAGAAUACCGCGAAUUGGAACGAAUGGUGUUCGGGCAUGGACGAGUUUGGCAGUCUUGUUAUGCUUGUUGCUUCGUUUAUAGAGAUGUGCUCUCCAAUAAGCUAA